AUGACUGAGAAUGAAAAGAAAACCCUUUGUCGUUUGGCUAUGACAUUCUUUAUUAGUAAAGAUGUUCUGUAUAAGAGGGGUUACGAUGGUAUCUUACUUCACUGUGUGAGUUCAGAAGAAGCAAAGAAAAUCAUGGUUGAGGUACACGAAGGCAUAUGUGGGGUAACCCCAUAUUCCCUUGUUUAUGGAAUGGAAACUGUCACACCUAUUGAGAUGGAAAUUCCAUCCUUGAGAGUAUUAACUGAGGCAGAUUUAGAGGAAAAUGAAUGGGUAAAAACCCAAUUUGAGAAACUCAACACGAUUGAAGAAAAAAGGCUUACUGCAAUAUAUCUUAGACAAUUGUACCAAAAGAGAAUGGCCAGAGCUUUUGAUAAAAAACUUUACCCAUGGGAAUUCAGUGCUGGUGACCUGGUACUCAAGAAAAUAUUCCUUAACCAAGAAGAUAAUAGAGGUAAAUAG